AUACCAAUCUUUUUCUUAGGGCGUAUGUUUUGCAAUGUGAUAAUCAAACUACAAAAAAGCUUUGCUUUGACUUUCUCUCCUGCUCUCAAAAUUAGCCAGACAGUCACCAGACGUCCGUUGCUGAACCCUACGAUGACUUCUUACAGUUGCUUGCCUAAAAUGGCUUUAAGGCAGUCCAAACUUCUGGCCGGUAGCGGCUUUAAUCAAUCCAUCUUGCAACGCAAUAUUUCAUCGUCUCAAACGCUCUUUGACAAGCACGAAUGUAAAGUUCUGGUGGUUGGUGGCGGUGCCGGUGGCUGUGCCAUGGCCGCCAAGCUCUCAUCUCGACUAGGUCGGAACAAGGUGAUCGUGUUGGACCCAGCCGAUAAACAUUAUUAUCAGCCGAUGUUCACGUUGAUUGGUGGUGGAAUGAAGCGUUUGGAGCACUCCUACAAGACCAUGGAAGAGGUACUGCCCAAGAAGGCCAAGUGGUUGCGUGACUCCGCCGUCGAGUUCAAUCCGGACAGCAAUACGGUGAAGACAUCCAGCGGAGACAGCAUUAAAUAUGAUAUGUUGUUGAUUGCAACCGGUUUGCAGUUGAACUACAAUAAAAUUCCCGGUUUGGAGGCUGCCCUUGCCAUACCCAAUGGCAAAGUCUGUUCGAUUUACUCACCCAAAUAUGUGGAUAGAGUUUACGAUUGCUUGCGUAAUAUCGAGGGUGGAAAUGCCAUUUUCACAUUUCCUUCGUCGCCCGUCAAGUGUCCGGGUGCACCCCAGAAGAUUCUCUACAUUGCUGAACACUAUUUCCGCAAGAUGUCCAAGCGUAAUCAAAUAAAUGUAACUUACAACACUGCUUUGCCUGUGCUUUUCGGUGUUAAACACUAUGCAGAUGCUUUGUGGCCCAUUGUGAAGAAGCGCAACAUAACGGUAAAUACGCGCCGCAACCUCAUUGAGGUUAAACCCGAACAGGAUAUUGCGAUUUUCGAGAACCUGGACAAACCCAGCGAGCACUUUGAGGAGAAGUAUUCCAUGCUGCAUGCUGUGCCGCCAAUGAGUGCUCCUGAUGCGCUCACCCGUUGCAAGCAGCUGGUCAACGAGGCCGGCUUUGUAGAUGUGGAUAAAUCCACGAUGCAACACACAAAAUACAAGAAUAUAUUUGCUAUUGGCGACUCAGCCGGUUCGCCUAAUUCAAAGACUGCCGCAUCGGCAGCUGCCCAGUCACCUGUGGUAUAUCGUAAUAUGAUCGCAGCUCUGAAUGGUAAGCCCCUGUCCGAUGUCUAUGAUGGAUAUGCUUCAUGUCCGCUAGUUACGGGCUAUAAUAGCGUCAUUCUCGCGGAGUUCGAUUAUGAUCUGAAACCGCUGGAAACGUUUCCAAUUGCGCAGAACAAAGAACGCUACUCGAUGUUUAUAAUGAAGAAAGACUUUAUGCCGCUGCUCUACUGGAAGCUAAUGUUAACUGGCUACUGGAAUGGACCCGCUCUCAUGCGUAACAUGCUAUCCGUUUUCAAGUUCAACAAGCAAUAGAAAACUAUUCGCUAAUAUAAGCAACAUAUGAUCUACACACAAA